AUUAGAGCAUCAGUUUAGGAGCCUCUUUAUUUACCCUUAGUUUAGUUUAGGUGUAGGCAUUACUGAGCACACUGAAAUCGGAUAACACUAAAUUGGACGGUGCGCAAAUGGCACAUGUUUUAGCUGUGCGCUCUCAGUUGUAACCCGAGGUUGAGGGAAUAUAUGUCAAAAAAGUAUGCUUUUCUCAGAGGACACUACCGCAAGGCUUUGCAUGGUGUCCAAGGCACUCACUAGUAUUUGAGUUUUAUUUUUUUUAUUUAUUUCAAGCGUGCAGCUUUUUUUCCUGCAAUUUUAAUUUCCCCUGAAGUUCUUUGCGAAUUUUAUUGCAGCGGAGAGAGCGAUAAAGGGGUUAAAGAGAGUAAAGCGGGGAAAGUGAAUCAGUAUGGAAGAAAAUGAUCACGGCAACAGAGAUGUGGUGGAGCGGCAGGAGUCGGCGGAUGAAUCCAACAGAGCCAUCCUUCCCCUCUUACAGGCGCCGGGGAACCUGCAGAUCCCUCACCGGGUCACCAAUUUCUUCAUCGACAACAUCCUGCGGCCGGAUUUCGGACGGAAAAAGGACGGGGGCGCAAACCGCGAAGAGAACAGCGUGGCAUCGCGGGAGAGCCACAGCAGCCCCGACGCCCCUCAGACCGAGCCGGUGGGGAACACGGUGCCGGCGGAGGGGACCUCCACUCCACACACGGUUACCGGGACCAAGAAGCCCGCUAUAGCCGCCGAGGAGCCGCUGAAACCCCGCGGGGAGAGCGGAGACCAGUGCCUAAGCUCAGACUCAGACAGUUCCCAAGCCAGCUCAAACCCAUCCCACCCUCAGCCCAUGCUGUGGCCAGCCUGGGUGUACUGCACCAGAUACUCGGACAGGCCUUCUUCAGGGCCAAGAUCUCGCAAACCAAAGAAGAAAACGACCAGCAAAGAGGACAAGCGACCACGGACGGCCUUCACAGCAGAGCAGCUGCAAAGACUAAAAUCGGAGUUUCAGACAAAUCGCUAUCUGACCGAGCAGAGGCGGCAGAACCUGGCGCAGGAGCUGGGCCUGAACGAGUCCCAGAUCAAGAUCUGGUUUCAGAACAAGAGGGCCAAAAUCAAGAAGGCCACUGGCGCAAAAAACAGCCUGGCCUUGCACCUGAUGGCACAAGGACUGUACAAUCACGCCACCAUCUCGUCGAAAGACGAAAAAUCAGACAGCGAUUGAUUUCCAGAGAAGUCACAGCAGCCUCCUGACGAAAAAGAACCUAUAGUAGUCUGAUAGAUUUUUAUAGAGAUAUCACCGCAAAACUCUACCUACAGUACAGGAAUAUUUAAAGUUGCCACAGCAGAUAAAAAUACCACAAAGCUCUAUUACUAUCACUAUAAAGCUGACCCACACAGAUACAUACAGGAAAUUUAAAAAAAAAAAAAAAAGAAAGC